UCAUGGGGUGGCCUCCCCUACAUUUAAAGCCCUGGUUUUGUGAAAUGCAAAUAGGCUUGCUUUUGCAGCCCUAGCAAUUUGCCUGUGGGGAGGAGCGAUUCCCAUCCUAGUCCUCUUCCAGCACCCUCCUGCCCCAGUCUGUGGGGAUGCUGCGUCAGGAAAGGCUGUCUCGCUCUUGCUGGGGAUAUCGCUGUUGGUUUUUCCAAUGAACCAUUGUUCUCUCAGUCUCCCUCUCCCUCUCCCUCCCUCUCUCCUCUAGCUCCAUUGCUGCCCAUUGGAGGGAUCCCUUGUCCAAUCCAGGCCAAGAAGAAAUCCUAAACAGAAAAGCACAGCACCAAUUGGCGAGAUGAACAUAGAGCAGGCAGAAAGGAUGGGGCUGGCGGUGGAGAGAUUUCUGGAUGGGAGAAGCUGAGCAGCAUUCCAUGAGCAGCAGCAAACAGGCCUCUACCCUCACCUGCCCUGUGACUUUUUGGUGGAGUGGGAGAAGCCUUGCACUCGCCUUCGUCUCCGGGAGAUGCUCGGACUCUGGUCCUUCCAGCAUCCUCCAUCCUCAGCCUUUCUCUCCUCCCUGCAUUGUCUCUUGGUACCAGCACUAGUUCUAAAGCCUCUGGGUGCUGCGAGGAUACUCAAAGCAGCAGCGGUGGGGCCUCCAUCCCGGCUUGGCGAAGGAUGGCUCAAAAAGACCAGGUUCCACUGGAUACAGAUUCAGGAUUGGACCAGCAUCCAAAAAGAGUGAAGGAGGAAGAGGAACCGGAGAUGUAUCGAAAGAGGCAGGAGGUCUUGCCUCCUGCCAAUGCCUCACCUGAAAAAGGUGGAGAGAAUGGACUCAGCCCUCCUGCACUUGGGCAAAACCACUUGGAACCAGGGCAGCCUGACUCCAGAGCAGGCAGUGAGGAGGGUCUGGUGAUGGACCACAGAGUGGGAUGUGGCCCCAGUGUGCCUGCCUUUGGGAUCUGCAGAGCUCCGAUGGGAGAGAUGCCCCACUGGUGCUUGGAAUGUGGGAAGAACUUUGCCCAAAAGGCAGAGUUAGAAAAGCACGGUCUGAACCACACUGGGCAAUGCUCAUACAUCUGCGGGGACUGCGGAAGGAGCUUGAUGGAGCAUGUUGCUCUUGCCACUGGUCAGGGAGCCUGCCUGGCAGGGAAUGCCAGCAACCACACCAGCUGCAGGAAGAGGGUUUCACCUCUGUCGAGCGAGACUGUCGUGCAGAGGAAAGAGCGGAAGGAGCUCUCCCUACAAGAGAAGGUCCGGGUGCUGGAGAUGCUGGAAGGGCCCAAGGUCUCCCAGAGCGAACUGGCCAAGAGGUUUGGGGUCUCCCAGCCCCAGAUCUGCCGCAUCAUCAAGAACAAAGAGCGCAUCCUGGCCGAGUGGUGCAAGAACGGCAACCCAGGGCGCAAGCGCAAGCUAGAGGAGAAGACCAUGGCUGGUGAGGUGGCCCUUCUACAGUGGUUUGAGCACAGGUGUCUGUCCAGCACCCCUGCCAAUGGGAUGCAUUUGCAAGAGAAGGCUGGAGAUCUCUCCAAGAUGUUCAGGAGGAAGCCAGAGCUGGAGGCAGGCCUGGGUUGGUUGCGUGGUUUCAAAGCUAGGCAGAAAGCGGCGCAUGGAAGACCUCUGGAGGAGAAAGAGAACAGUGAGGAUCUGGAGGAUGAGGGCUGGGAAAACAAUGUCCUGCGAUACAUUCUAAACAAAUACGACCCCCGUGACAUCUACGCCUGUGGGGAGGCUGGCAUCCUGUUUCGAGCUACCCCAGAAGGCCUAGCUUGGGACAGCGGAGAGGGAGCCAAGGACCAGCUCACUGUCUUGCUCUGCACCAAUCUGGAUGCUUCAGACAAGAGGGACGCCCUGAUCGUCGGCAAGGCACGAAGGCCAUUUGGCUUCCAAGGCGUUGACAGGGAGGACCUGUUGCCUGUCACCUACAGAGCUGAUAGCAAGGCAUGGAUGACAGCGACCAUCUUCACUGAGUGGCUCCAGAAAUUCAACGAGGACAUGAAACGAACAGACAGGAGCGUGGUGCUGUUUUUGGUCCCAUGUGCGGCGCAUCCCGACACUGAGCUCUCUCAUACCAAGAUGGUUUUCAUGCCUCCUGGAUCUUCCCGUAUCCAUCCUCUUGAGCAUGGUCUGGUCCAGAACUUCAAAUGCCAUUACCGGAGGAGGAUGCUUCUUCGCCUCCUUGCUGUGCUCGACAGCAGAUCCCCUGUUCCUGCAAGCGAACUCUCAAAGCACUUGACUCUUUUGGACGCUGUUCAUAUGAUAGUCCAAGCCUGGUUAGAUGUCUGUCCACAGACCAUCACAAGCUGUUUCCAAGCUGCGGGCUUUGGCUUGGCUCUCCGCAUCCCAGCUCCUCCCAUGGACGUGGUCCAAGCCCUGGGGUUCAAGGACCGGCAACAAUUUGAACGGUUUGUGCUGGUCGAUGAGGAGCUGGAGUGUUUUGGAGACCAGGAGGGUGCUGAAAUGCUCCAAGGGGUUCAAGAACCAGCCUGUGCAGCUGCAGAGGAAGAGAAGACGACAGAGAACUUGCCCUGCCCUUCCAAGGCAGAAGUCAUGGAGAGUCUGGCCACACUGAGGCGCUAUUUUGAGUGCCACUCGGUAUCCUCAACCGUCUUCCAGACCUUCUACAAGCUGGAGGAUGUGGUUCAUGGAAUGUCUCUGGCUAAUAUGCAAGUAUUGAGGGCAAAAGAAUUGAACAAAGAAGGACUCUGAGCUGCAACAUCAAAUGUAGCUCUCUUUGAAUCUCAUGUGUGGCCCUCUGAAUCCACACAGUCAUUUGGGGCAUUGACUAAUUAAAAAAUCAUCACCACCUGUACAACAGCCUUUGCCAAGUUUGUGCCCUCCAUGAUGUUUUGGACUACAACUCCCAUCAGCCCCUGCCAGCAUGGCAGGGAUGUGGGGAGGUUGCUGCAGCGUGAUCAGGUGGGCUUGGGCUUGGGAAGUAACGCUGGGAAUGGUUUUUGGAAAUCCCUUCCCCUAAGAUAGAAUAAAAGUGAGAAUCAGUG